GAUUUCUUACCAUGUGACUAAACACUGUGAUUUCAUUGGCUAACGCUCAGUCCCAGUUUAUUUCCGGAAGUAAUUUGACAGAAUCAGAGUUUCCGUCACAUCACCCAUAACAAACGUCACAAGAUUGACAUUAUAGGCGUUCCUUCACCCAGGAGAUGGCACACUGGUUUCACCGAAAUCCUCUUAAGGCUACAGCGCCUGUGUCCUUCAAUUUAUAUGGUGUUGCAGGGAGCCCCGCUGCAAAUAAAAUCUGCAAUGACUUAAGGACAACCAGGGCAAGGCUGCUGGAAAUGUUCACAGAUGUCACCUGCAAUGCAGAGCUCAUGAAAAGUGCCUCAGAUGCAUAUUUCUCCCUCCUACAAUGCUUCAUUGUAUCCUUGGAUGGAACUACGCAGGACAACAAGAUGAGAUACAUUCAGAACUUCAAAUGGACUGAUACUUUACAAGGGAACACACCAAGUGCCCAACAAGAUGCAAUCUUUGAGCUGGUCUCCAUGGCCUUCAAUGUAGCGCUUUGGUACACCAAGUUCGCCUCAAGGCUUGCUGGAAAAGAAAAUGUCUCAGAGGAUGAAGCAAAAGAUGUUCACCGCAGCCUGAAAGUUGCUGCUGGAAUCUUCAAAAAUCUUAGGGAGGUGCACAUCCCUCGUCUCAUCACCCCUGCAGAAAAAGGUAGGGACCUGGAUCCGAGAGUGAUUGAUACAUACAUCAUCCAGUCUCAGGCAGAAGCUCAAGAAGUGACAAUCGCCAGAGCCAUUGAACUGAAGCACAACGCUUCAAUUGUCGCAGCGUUGGCAUCUGAGACGGCAAACUUUUAUCAGAAAGCUGAUCACACUCUAAAUACUUUAGAGCCUGAGUGUAGCACCAAGUGGAGGAAGUAUCUCCAGUUGAAGUUUUACUUCUACAUGGCUUAUGCGUACUGCUAUCAUGGACAGACACUGCUGGCGAAGGAUAAGUGUGGUGAGGCCAUACGAUCUCUCCAAGAAGCAGAGAAGGCUUAUAACCGUGCUGAGGAAUUGUGUAAAGAGUAUCGUCACACCAAAGGUCCAGGAUCCACAGCAAAACCAUCUGAGCAGCUUUUCUUUCGCAAAUUGGGUGGCUUCGUUAAGAACACACUGGAAAAGUGUCAGAGAGAAAAUGGCUUCAUAUACUUCCACAAGGUCCCAACUGAACCUCCCCAGCUAGAGUUGAAGGCCAACUAUGGGUUGGUGGAGCCAGUCCCCUUUGAGCUGCCAUCUCCCAAUGAGCAGUGUACUCCGGAAGUUUAUGCCACUUUUGACCUGACCAAGGGAGCCAAAAAUGACAAGGCCAAACCUAAAGAGGAGGAAGUAAAACCAAUGAAGGAACCCGAUUUAAAGCCCCAGAAAGACACUGGCUGCAUCAUUUCCUAAAUAUAUUUGUCAUUUCUCUCAUGCUGCAGCAGCAUUUGGUAUCCACACAAUUUAUCCUCUCUUCUUUUACAUGUAUGCUGGAAUGUGUUUGUGUAUUUGAAUAUAACAUCACAAUCAUUAUUGUCAUAUCUGGUUAUGGACUUUUUAUUUUGAGCUCAUAGUAAAGCCCAAGUAUUUGUGACAUUUGAUUUUUGGUCCACAGGGUUUGAGGUCUGGCCCAAAGUAUAUUAUACUACUACGGAAAUAUCAAUAGAGAAUUUUUUUUUGUGUAAAUCUGCAAAUUCACUUCAAGAAAUCCGUUUUAGUUACCGUGUUUUCCGGACUAUAAGGCGCACCUUCAAUGAAUGGCCCAUUUUAAAACUUUGUCCUUAUAUAAGGUGCACCGGAAUAUAAAGCGCACCAUAAAUGCAUCAUGUCAGAUUUUUAAUCCAAAUCAAAUCAUUCUCCAUUUUAUCUUUUUCAUUUCAGCUUCAGACGCAACAAAUUACUUUAAAAUAAAAAAAUAAUGAUCCAUAGUCUUUUUGAUUCAGGAUUCAUAGUCUUCAGCGGGCCACUUGUGAUUGAUUUCAUGACUCAAUGCUUGGAUUAUAAGGCGCACUGUCAGCUUUUGAGAAAAUGUUAGGUUUUUAGGUGCGCCGUAUAGUCCAGGAAAUACGCUAUAUAUGUUAUUAGCUUUAUAUUAAUUCAUUCAUUUAAAUCCAUACUGGGCAAACAAAUAAAUAUGGUGAGCUACUUCAUUUUAGGUGUAGCAGUUUCCAAUGUUAAUCAUAUCUAUAUUGACAUAGCAUGGAUCUGUCAGUUUGCUUAUUAAAUUUAAAACAUAUAACAAAUCUAGAUUGGGAUUCCAUCCCUCGUAAUCAUAGUUCCUUAUUUAUUCAUUGUAUGUAUAUUUUAAUAGAUAACCUCUAACCAACAGUAUUCAAUUCAGUUAGACUCAAAAAAUGGUGUCCACAUUUUUUUUUUUUUUUUUUAAAUAUUCUUGAUACAUCACGAUUGCCUUAUAAAAACUGCAUACUCAUGUUUACUCUAAUUGCUGAGAAUGUGCUGUUAAUAGUUAACAUUACUUGGACUGCAAGAUUUGUGAAUAAAAUAAAAAAAAAACAAUUAAGAAAACAAAAAUAGGCUGUGAAUACAAUUAAAAAUGAACAAUUAAGAAAACAAAAAAUAGGCUACUGCAAGCUUCGUGAGCUGAAGCGCAACCAGCCAAAUUGUGUACACACUAAUAAUUUGAACUUGUGUUGUAUGCUGCUCAACCUUUGUAUCCAUAGUUGGUCCAACUACGAUAAAUAACAGUAACAGUGAAAAAAUAAAUUGCUGAUAAAAUAUACAAAACAUAAAUGCGUUGCGAAAAACAAUUAUUCUCUUCGGAAUCGACUGAUGCUUGUUUAGUAUUUUCAUCAAACUGCUUGUUCAUCAGUAUGGUGAGCUCAUUAUCAGAAUUGAAAAUCAUUGUAAAGUAUCUGUUGUCAUUUAUGUAAACUGUACUACAAUCAAUAUUAAAUCACAGUGAUUUUG